UAAAAAGAAAAGUGCUUUCAGCCUGUUUUAGAACCGAAAUAUGAUGCCAUUUAAAACUUGAAUCCUAGACAGUGCUGGUCCUAGGAAUCUUCGUCAUGAUUUCUCUGGCUGUCUCCAUCUUGUGUGCUGCUGUAGCAGCAGCCCCGGCUGUAAACGAAAGCUGGAAAUUCUCUACGGCUCCCUUAGCCAAGCAGGACUACGACUUCCUAUCCACGCUCCCUCAGAGCCGGGCCGGAGCCCAGCUCCCCGGCUUCAAGUACAUCUACGUGGAAGCCGGAGGUCAGAAGACCAACGUGCUGGACCACAGCCGGUACCAGCUGGAGAUUGCCGGCUCCCCCGGCACCACAUACAACGCCAUCAACGCCGCGGCCGACUUUGUCAUCAAGAUGACCAAACACAUGUCCGGCACCUUGUUCCAGAGCGUGGCCACACAGUCAAGCCUCGGCAUCUUCUCCGCGCGUGAGAAGCUGAUCGUGUUCCCUGAGUACAAGCAUCUGGCUAACGGCAAUUGUGGCACCUCGUGUGAAGGGACCUGCUCUCACACCUGCACGUUUGACGGCCGGAAGUACGAGGACAUUGCCGGGGUCGGGGGUCGCCGGGCCGUCAUUCUAGACGACAACGUCCUGUGCACGGCCCUGGACCCGUACCACCACAACCUGAACGUGCUGUCCCACGAGUACACACACACCAUCCACCAGUACAGCCUGGACGCCGCCAGCAAACACCAGAUCACCACCGCCUACAACUCCGCCCGACAAGCCCAAAGGUGGGAUCUACAUUCCUACGCCAUGGCAGACGAGAAGGAGUACUUCGCCGUGGGCGCGUCCGUCUUCUUCGGGGUCAACAAAAAUGGCCGCGAAAACUCCGGGGGGAUGAACAUCUGUGGGUCGGGGUACUGUGUAUCGGAGACCCAGGCCCGGGCCCACCUUCAGUCAGGGGACAGCUUGUUGUACGCGGCACUGAGUCACGUGUUUACGGCUGACCGCCCGUCCUUGACCAGCAGCCUUACCAUCUGUCCUGUCUCUUCCGUCAUUGGAUAAAAUUACUAUCUCGUCAAGUGAUCUGCUUCUACCAGAAACCAUUGAAAAGUACAUUUGUAAAAAAAAAAAAACAACAACAAACAAACAUAAAAAAAUAGUUAAAAUUUGUUGUGUUAUUGGUUAAUUUUCAAACAAUUUUUCUUACAAGAAUUAAAUUGGUUUAUUUAAUAAGUCAAACAGAUAUUUGCUUGAAGAAAUACUAGCAAAAGAUAUGUGAGUAAACAAGUAAUAAAUAAAACAUUUGUCUGCAUG